AUUGAUGUGAGUGAGGGCAGUUGCAGAGCGAUUCUCAUGUACCUCUCCUUCCAGCAGCUGAUGAGCCAGGACCAGGGGACAGCCUGGAGCAGGGAGAGGAGAAGUGGCAGAGAUGAAAGAGCCCGGAGGAGGUGAGCUGUGUUGUGUUCUGUGGGAUCUCCCUGCCUCCCUCCCUACACUGGCAGAUCGUAUGGGACUGCACAUACCUCCCCCCCCCCUCCUGCUGCCCGGAGAUCAGCAGCCCUUGGAGGAGGGGGAGGAGAGAGAGGGGGGGGGAGAAGAGAGGAGAGAGAGAGAGGAAAUGGAGAGAGAGGGAAGAGAGAGGGGGAAAGAGAGAGAG